AAUGAAGAUUCAAAUCAAUUGGCUGACCGAAGUACCUUAACUUAUUGAUGUCUUCACUAGCUCUUCUUUAAUGUAAUUUGUUAUAUUACAGCUAUUUGGAGGCCGGGCGCGCCGCCCCCGGUAGCUGGCACUCCCGCGCGGAGCCCGGGUGCACCACCACCGCCACCGCCGCCGCCCGUGUGGACGCCGGGCAGCGCGGGCGCUUCGCCCCAAACACCGCGCAAGACCUUCAGGCCAGUGCACUUCGAAGAAACGCCACCCGCCCGCCGUAAAUUCCCGAACUCAGAACAGAACGGCGCCACAAGUGGAUCUGAGAGCGAGGGUCGUCUGAGGACAUCUCACAGUGCGCCUGUCACUGGUCUCAGCAACCUGGGUGGCUCCACCUUCGGCAGCCGGUUACCCAAGGCACAGAACCCCACUGUUACGUUGUUACAGAAGGCACGAGAAGGUCAUAUUUCCCGUGGCUCCAACUACAUCCAGCAGGAGCGAGACGCGGCGAGACUGCCGCGUGACCGUCCAUCUCCACCAAGAGGCGAUCCAGUUCAUGCUCUUCGAAAAGAAUACGCGAGCGAAGGCGAGGCCGACAGAAGCGAUUACGAACGCGGAGGGAUCCGUAAAAUGGCGGAUGCCCAAAGAAAAGUAGAAGGAAUCGGACCCAUCACCAAAGACGGAAUGCCAGUCGCACUAAGAUCUGAAGUCAAAGACCCCUCGAGGUGGUACAAAAAGAUGUACGACACUAUACACAAAAACAAAUACGACGGGCAACCACCAGAGAGAGUGCUCAGCAAUAAAUCCCAGUACGCCUACUUUGACCCCCGUUCCGGUUACCUAAGUGAGCCGGAGGGAGGUCUAAGUAGGCUGGGCAGCAGCACGUGGAGCGAUGCUUAUGACAGCGACGUGACAACUGGCCCUCGGAGACGGACAGCUUCAGUGCAGGAAGAUAGAAGAUUCAAUGAUGUUAACUCACAAUAUUCGUCUAGUACCAAUAAAUAUAGCACAUUAGCAUCAGCGAGAGCGAGCCAAGAAGUAUACAAGAACCAGCCAGGAAGAAUAGAGAACUACGUUCCAGGAAAGUCAUCAGUCGUUGACAAAGAAGCGAAACAGUGGUGGGACGAGGUCAUGGACAUUUUUGACGGGUGGUUAGAUGACAACUCCCCACUCCCCCCCUACACAACAUUGCUAGCUCGCGCGAUACAGAAGAGUCAAAAUAUUUCAAGUACGACAUCUUUGCCACAAUCGUCACCGAAGGAGAAAAAAGAUUUAACGGCUACGAUCCUGUCUAAAUCAAAUAUGGCAAGGGCUCUUAAAGAAUCGGGGUACGAAUCCGAUUCGACGCUAGUGUUCCGUCGUCGUGAAGAUACGGAGGCACCUUUGUCGCCAGCAGAGAGGAGAGCCGCCUACAGAGACCUGCAAGCUGGUGGUGAACCUCCUCUCAGAGGGUUCCGGUCCCCAGCACCACCUCGACAAGAAUCCCCUCGCCGCUACGUGGAGAGUGACGUGAACAUCCACUACAGAUGUCCGGUGAGGCACGAUCCCCUACCUCUCGUGCCGGAGAGGGAGCUGGCGCGCCAACAGGCCGAGCACAUGAAGAGAUUGUACAGAGAACAGAAGAGGAACAAAUAUCUACAGGAGCUACAAGACAUGCAGAACCGCCGUCACCAGGAUAACUUCACGCCAUCACAGAAGAACAUUCUUCCUCUAAACAGAUACGAUGAAGCUGAGAAAGUGAUUGCCAAGGCUUUAUACACAUUCAAUGGACAGACGGCAAGAGAACUAAGUUUUAGAAAAGGAGAACUGAUUCAUGUGAGGAGACAGAUUGAUAACAACUGGUAUGAAGGUGAACUCCACGGGAGAAUAGGCCUGUUCCCUUACAAUUACGUUGAGAUCCAAAAAGGGGAUGUAGUACAAACUCCGAAAAAGCCAGCAAUAGUCGAAGGUCGAGCUCGAGCGAAGUUCGAUUUCACUGCACAAACGAACUUGGAACUGCCUCUGAAGAAGGGAGAAGUGGUUGUGCUAACAAGGCGCAUCGAUCAGAACUGGUGGGAAGGAAGAAACGGCUCCAAGACGGGAAUAUUCCCUGAUAGCUACGUAACUGUGCUACAGGAACCCAGCCCUAAUAAACCUGAUCCUCAGCCAAUACUGAACAGCGAUAAGCCAGUGGCGUCUCCAGCGGCUCACGGUCUACUCAAUGGCUCAGCUAAACGCAGCAUGGGUUCGCACAGUUACACUCCUCAACCGAACAGUCCCGCGCUCUCCAAUGCACCACCAGCCACACAACCACUUCCAGGUUACGUCGCGAAACCUGCGCAGGCGACGCUGACGCCAUCGGAGCGCGGCUACGGGCCGCCAACGGGUGCGGGCGUUGACCUCAAUAACACGGAGCCCUUGUAUGUGGACACCAAUGCGGAGGCCAUACCAUACCGCGCUAUGUACAAGUACCGACCACAGAACCCUGACGAACUAGAGCUGAACGAGGGCGACACGGUGUACGUCCUGGAGAAAUGUGACGACGGCUGGUACGUCGGCUCCAGCCAGCGCACUGGACGCUUCGGAACCUUCCCAGGAAACUACGUGGAGCGCAUCUGA